GCAAAGCAAAACACGCUUACAAUUAUUUACGCGCAGUUUACUUCAUGAAAUUUGAUUAAUUUGUAGUAACCAUACUCUUUACAGCAAAACUAAAACUAAAUAUUUCUACCACGGUAAGUUGGAUUGGGAUGAAAAGUCAUCAGCUGGACGUUACGUUCGCGAUCAUUGUAAGCCAUUAUUCAGAUAUCAAAUGAGUGAUACUGAGGAUCAUUGUGAACUCUUCGACUUAAUUAAAAAAAUGCUUGAAUAUGAGCCAUCCCAACGUGUUACUUUAGGUGAAGCCUUGAGGCAUCCAUUUUUCGAAAAACUUCCACCUCAUCAACGUAUCGGUGAUCUUGGUAACACUAAACAAAAUACCUCAUCAGAUAUCGAUGGGCAAAUACAAGCUGUUGAUUUACAACUAUUUUUACAAGCUAUGGAAUUCAAGAAAAUUAAAAAAUAUAAAUAAUAUUACUUAUUUUGAGUGAAUUUUUUUUAAGAUUUUAU